AUUUCUAUGUCUAAAGUGGAUAACUUCAAUACGUAUGUAUUUGUGCUAAAACCGCAAACAGUUUGGCUUAUGAAUAUUAUUAUUAUUAACUGCUCAUAUUUCACAAAAACCAAAAAAAAAAAACUAUCAGAUAACUGAAAUUGUAAACGCAAACAUAUCCAGUGACCUUAAAUGGAACCCAAAGGCUAAACAAGCAAAAAAAAUUGACGAAAAGUGAGGACUAAAUUAAUAAAAAAAAAAAAAAAUUUGCUAAAUAUAUAUAUAUAUAAAAACCGUGUUUGAAAGGACCUAAGCGAUAAACAAUAAUCAUACUUAGAAUUAUACUCGGCAUCAGUCAUAUUUUUAUUCCCAUUGAAGAAAAUAAAAUAAAAGCACGUGAAGGAACUUAAAAAACCAAGUGAUUGUGUAGUGUUGAAAUGUUAGUGUUGCGGGCGUAUUUAAGCUGUUCUUUGUUGUAGCUGCAAUGCCAUUUAAUACUACACCAGCAGCAGUUUUGAUGAAAUGGUAUUUAAUGCUAUGUACUAUACGGGCAAUUCGGUCGGUUUUAAGCAACAGCAACACCACCACCACCAACAACAGCCACAACAUCAGUCCCACGUGCCGCUAACAAAAGAGUGCACGAAAAUAUCUCGACACCCAGCCAGUGAGCAAAAAACAUUGGCUACUGUGUGUGGGGGUGACUCCACAACAACAACCGCAAUAACUACAUCCAUAGAUCCAGCAGAAUCGAUUAACUUAAUUGAUCAAGUUAUUUCGCCAAGUUAUAAUUAUCAAACUAUUCAUCAGUACAUUAACAAUAACGGAACUAACACUAGCGGCGCAACAGCAACAGCAACCACAUUGAUAGGUACAGGUACAGGUAAAACAGCUACAUCGGCUGCAAAGCGAACAAGCUCGCCAUUGGUAUCCAUCACGGCAACAACCACAACAAUAUCCAAUUCAACGGCGACGAGAACCUCAGUGGCGGCAGUACCUACGUCAGCGCUUACAUCCGCGAAUUCCCUGCCCGGCUACUAUGGCCUAGGCAUACCCAAGUCGCCCUCAUUUCACAGUGGACUUGAUCAGUUAGCCGACAAUAACGACGACGACGACUCAUUGUUCCCAAACGCCAACGGUCGCAAAGACGACGACAUCCCACACGGUGUUGGCAGUUGUAGCGGCAGCUCGACAGUACGCUUUGCAACAACAAAUCACAGCGUACACAGCGUAAAAUUCAAAUUUACUAAUAUAGAAGAAAUCAAAGCGAAAUUUCUGGUUGGUGAAACGUUCGGAACAGCACACCCGUCUGGCAACAAUCGUUGCAUUAUGCCCACAAUGCCCGCAAUGCCACAACAUCAGCAAGCCGACAUUCAGGCCACCGCAGCAGUAACGCAGCUAAUAACAGCAAGCAGCAACACAUUGUCGGCAGUGACAACUCCUCCUGUUGCCACUGGCAUUGUAUCCGCCGCUGUUGCCUCAUUUACGUAUAAUUCCAAUAACGCAGCUACUGCAUAUUCUUCCAACAACACAUCUUCAUAUUCCUCAUUGUUAGCUCCAUCUUCAUCUACAUCGGCAUCGAUAUCGACAUCGGCAUCGGCAUCUGCAUCUGCAUGCGUAUCGGCUUUGUCUGGUACAAGCACGAUUGUGGCUGGUGGAAUACCUAGUGGUGGCGUUGGCGUCAGUGUUGGUUCUGGUGCGGGCAUUGGCGGUGCUGCUAUUAAUUCAAUUAGCACUGCCAUUGUUACCACAUCGACGACGACAACGUCAUCUUCUCUGGUUGCGACACUGACACAGCACUUCUCAGCUGCCACCUCAGCUACAUCAUUGCUUUCAACAGCUGCCACAUCAUCGCUAACUGCAAACAAUAAGUCGGCAGUCAGUGCGGCUGCCGCGAUCAAAAAUAUCUUGAAUGCCACAAAGAGUGUUGGAAGUUCAGCUGCAGCUGUAGCGACGAAUAGCUUUAACGGCAAUCAAGGACAACCGGCAAAUUCUGCAGGCUGUGCAAGCGGAGGAAAUGUGGCACAAAAUAUCGUCAGCGGAAUCGGUAUCUCGUUGGGUAUCACUAGUGCGGCUAACAGUAAUAUUGCCACCACCGGAGUGCUAUUGCCCAAUGGAAAUGGUGCAUCUUUAGCUACAAGGCUCAACAAUUCCAUUGCGGCGCAUUUCCAAAAUGGCGACGAGCCGAUCAAUGGCUGCAACAGUAGCAGUAACAAUAGUAGUAGUAAUGGCGCGGGCAGUGGCAAUGGUAACAACAGCAAAGACAGCCCGGCCAGCAAAGGAAUCUUAUCGCCACAAACAUUAGAACAAAUCAGCGGAAGUCCUGGACGCGCACGAGAUCGUAAUUUAUUCCACUCACCAUCCGCCACAUCGGCGGCCGUACCUUUGCCGCUACUACGAGAAACACCCGCAAAUGAACGUGAACAACUUCUGAUACAAAAGUUGAGGCAAUGCUGCACGCUCUUCGAUUUUUCCGAGCCAUUAAGCGACUUAAAAUGGAAGGAAGUGAAACGUGCGGCGCUACACGAAAUGGUCGAGUAUCUGUCCAAUCAGAAUGGUGUAAUUACGGAGGCAAUCUAUCCGGAAGCAAUAAAUAUGUUUGCGGUAAAUUUAUUUCGCACAUUACCCCCAUCAUCGAAUCCGAACGGUGCUGAGUUCGACCCAGAGGAAGAUGAGCCAACGUUAGAAUCAUCAUGGCCUCAUUUACAAUUUGUUUAUGAACUGUUUUUGCGUUUCCUCGAAUCGCCAGACUUUCAGCCGAACAUUGCUAAACGUUAUAUUGAUCAUCAAUUUGUGUUGCAACUGCUCGACCUGUUCGAUUCGGAGGAUCCGCGUGAACGUGAUUUCCUUAAGACUGUACUGCAUCGGAUCUAUGGAAAGUUCUUGGGCUUAAGAGCAUUUAUACGCAAGCAAAUCAAUAACGUAUUCUAUCGUUUCAUUUAUGAGACCGAACAUCACAAUGGCAUUGCUGAACUUUUAGAAAUUCUCGGUAGCAUUAUUAAUGGUUUCGCAUUACCACUAAAAGAGGAGCACAAACAAUUUUUGCUGAAAGUACUAUUACCGUUGCACAAAGCGAAAAGUCUGUCUGUUUAUCAUCCGCAGCUAACAUAUUGUGUAGUACAGUUUUUGGAGAAAGAUCCAAGCCUAUCCGAACCAGUCAUAAGGAGUCUUUUGAAAUUCUGGCCAAAAACACAUAGCCCCAAGGAAGUGAUGUUUCUAAAUGAACUGGAAGAGCUACUCGAUGUCAUCGAACCGGCUGAAUUUCAAAAAGUAAUGGAACCGCUAUUUCGACAAAUCGCCAAAUGUGUGUCCUCGCCACAUUUUCAAGUGGCGGAACGAGCGCUUUAUUACUGGAAUAACGAGUAUAUAAUGUCGCUGAUCGCUGACAAUUCGCAGGUAAUUUUGCCCAUAAUGUUUCCGGCCUUGAACCGAAAUUCAAAAACGCAUUGGAAUAAGACGAUACAUGGAUUGAUUUAUAAUGCACUUAAACUGUUCAUGGAGAUGAAUCAACGCCUUUUCGACGACUGUAGUCGAAACUAUCGCCAGGAAAAGCAGAUGGAACGCGAAAAAAUGUCGCAACGCGAAGAGCUUUGGAUGCAGGUUGAGUCUUUGGCAAAAGGUAAUCCAGAGUGGCCAAAAAUGUGCGGUCAAAUGGACAAUUUAAGUAUUUCAAGUAGUCAAAAUGAGUUCGAAGAGAAUGAGAAUUGUGAUCUUACUUAUGACAAAUUGGAACAAGAAACCAGACAGCAACAGAUACAACCACAACAACAAGCAGCACAGGAAACUAGAGAGAUACGCGGUGAACGUAAUAAAGACAAGCCAUUGUUGCGUCGAAAGUCGGACUUGCCAACUGAUAGUGGCACAAUGCGUGCCUUAAUCGAGCAUAAGCGGCCAGAUGACUUCUUGAAGACAACACCAGAUGUGAACAAGUACUAAAUUAAAUAUAUUUGAAAGAAGCAAAUGCAGAAAUAGUACCAGCAAUACCAACACACCACUUGGAAAUCACCGCAGAUAUAAACUAUGAGAAUCAGUUGAAAUUCGAAUCUGAUCGAAAUCAUACAUAAGUGUGAAAUAUUGAAAAAUAAUUUUAUGUGCAUUGGUGUUACAUACAUACAUAUGAACAUACAAAGAAUUGCAAUACCACAAUUUUUCAUCAGAACCAAGUACCAACUAAAUCUUAAUAAUAUUUAACAACAAUUAAGACAAAUUGUUUGUAUAUUGUUUGUUAUAUAAUCACCUUAAACCUAUAAAAACUGGGGGGCAAGAAGCGAAAGUAUACACACUUUAUUCAGAAAAAAUAGUUUAGUAUACCCGAAGGUGUUAUUAAAACUAUUUUGCAAAUUAGGUGUGAGCCUAAUAUGGAGUCCUGAAUAUGGAUUGCAAACAAAUAUCGAUUUAAUAUUUCUAUAACCGAAAGAUGUCUUAAUGAAAAUCGUUGUAAAACAGAAACAACAAAAUUUCGUGCGCUAUCUAAGUCACAUAUGUACAUCUACAUACAUAUAUGCUACGUACUACAUACAAACAUAUAUUAUAUUGACAUGCUUUAUUUUGUCUAAAAGGGAUGUGUAUUAAAAGAAUUAAACACUUUCAACUUUAAAAAACAUUUCCAUUGAUUAUAAUAUUAUAUUAAGGAAUAAAGUUAAACAUUUUAAUAACUUUUUUUUUCGAAGCGUCACAUAGCCCAUAAAGUCUGCGUCCACCUAACAAAUAUUUUUAAAUUUAUUGAAAGCACAACACUAAUUUAUAGUUGAAAACAUAUUUUGUUUAUUUAUUCUUUCAUUACGUUCUUAAAUUGCAAAAGCAAAAGAAAAUAACAAGAUUCCUCACCUCAUUGUUUACGUAACGGUAAGCCAUGUAAAUAUAGCAACCAGAAAGUCUGCGUGCAGUUUUAAAUAUAGGGGAAAAUCUUUAUAAAUAAUACAUAAAAACGAGAAUUAAUAUUUUGUUAAAUAUCCACGAUGUUUUAGGACUUCACGCAAUAUAUUUGGCAGUGAGUUUACUAACUUCUCUUUAUUCUCAGUUGUAAUAUUCGCACAUUUUGCGCGGACAACACUUCGCAAAGCCACCUUACUUGCUGUCAUUACAUGCUGUCGAAUUCUUUUUUCUAAUAGAUCUCACAGAUGCUCAAUAGGAUUGAGAUUCGGCAACUUGUGGGGGUGUUUAGAUUUGUUUUGGAGCGUUGUGCAAGAGCCAAAGCUUAACGAUCUCGGCGGUGUGUUUUGGGUCGUUAUCUUGGAACCAAAACGUACUUGAUAAGCCAAGAUUUUCGGCACUCUGUUUCAAAUUCCUUUCUUCGGAAUUAGCUUUCAGCUUUAUGUAAAAUUUUCUAGCAGUUUCCGCACUAAUACUUUUUUUAAGUGUUUGGGUGACGUUUUUAAAAUUUUUUUGGGAAAUAAUUCGAGGGUUAACCUUUGCUAGAUUGAUGAUACUGCGUACUUCUUGGACCGAUAGUGGUCUUGGACGCCCAAACCUGGGUUUAGAGGUUAAAAUCCCGGUUUGCUUGAAAUUGUUUACUACGCGUUGAACACAGAAAUACAUUCUCCCAAUAGCUUUGCCAAUAUUUCGGAAACUAUUUCCAUCCUUCCACAGUUUUAUAAUUAUUUUUGUUUCUGAUGUGCUAAUUUAUUUAUUUAAUUUUUUGUUUCCAUGUUGCAAAUUAUUACCACUUUUAAAUAAAAUGUGGAACUAAGUUCGCUAACCGAUCAAUUAUAAUAAUAAACUAAUGAAAAGUGCGCAGAAACGAAAAAAGUACUAAUAAAGUAACGGUAUUAUUAAAAGAAACGAACUGUACGCAUAUUUUCUGGUUGCUAUAUUUACAUGUACCGCAAUUACUUACCGUUAUGCAUACAAUGAAGUGAAGAACCUUGUUGUUGUUGUUGUUGUUGUUGUUGUAGCAGCAUAAACAUUCCCCAUAGAUAUAUAUGGGGAAUAUUGCUGAAGUAACAGUCCUUAGCCGUAUAUAAAUUCGGGUUGUUCCGGUUACGUAGAACCAACUGUCGUAGGAACCAAGAAUUUAGGUAUUUUCUUUUGAUUUUGUUACUUAAGAAUGUAAUGAACAAAUAAAUAAAUAAAAUAUGUUUUCAACUAUAAAUUUAUAUUGUGUUUUUUUUUUAAUUUAAAAACAUUUGUAAGGUGUACGCAGACUUUAUGGGCUAUGUGUAUAUCUCAGUGCUUUCUUUAUAAAUAUUGAUUGCACUUAAAAAAGGUCCCAAUGUGAAACGAUUACAAAUAUAUACACAUAUUUUGUAUGCAACUGUUUUGUUUCUGUAUUAAACACAUACAUGCAUAGAUAGCAUAAACUUGAUGAAGAAAUAAGUAACACUUUAAAUACCACAAAUUUGCAUACAUACAUAUGUAGAUGAAUAUUCAAGUAAAUUUAUUUAUGUAUUAGAAGUUAUGGUUUUAUAAUGUAUGCAUUGAAUUUUUUAUCAGAAUACAAAGUGUUGAUUUACACAGUGUAAUAUGUAUUGUUACUCUAUAAUGCACUACCAAUCAAUUUUAUGUAGGUAUGUAGUAAAUAAGACUCAACAUCAAUAGAAAUUCCACAAUAAAAAGUUACUUUAAACUGAAAUAAAGUGAAGCAUAAAUAAAACAUGGUUGAAGAGGAUAAAUAUUAGUUCACCAUUGCUUGCUUAUUGCGUUUUGUUGUUGUUUUAGUGAUGAACGUGCGCAUGUGUUGUAAUGAUAUGCUGUUGUAUGCCGCAUGACCUUUAGUUCAGCGUUUCUUUUGCAGUGCCAUUAAUUCCCUUGUGAUCCUACCAUAUAAAGUGUUGCAAUACAGUGUGUUUGGUUGCCGAUCCGGGAAGCUUAAUAGCACCCAAAAUGAUAAAAAUGAGGAACAAAAGAGAUUAAAAUG